AUGCCCUCCGCCGUAAGCAGCCAGUCGAGCGUGAAGCUGGAGAAUCCGGUGCUGGACGAAACGGAUCAGCCCACUAAGACCGAGGAGGAUCGACAAUUGAGCCUGUUCCAUCAAGUGUCGGAAUGGCUGCAGCAUGAGAAGGUCAGGCGGCAGGCGCGCAAAGCACGCCGGGCUGAGGCUGCCUCUCAUGCCGCAGAAUGUGUGCAGGAGAGUGCAGAGCGGUCGUCGGAGGAACACCACCGCAGCUCAGAGAGCACUUUUUCCCUUGACAAACUGGAAAAGAUCCUCCUCCAGUACGCCGGUGCAAGCAGUGUGGACGGAUUGGCACCCAUGCAGGCUGUGAAGAAGGUCACUCGUCGCCGUCCGAAGGGUCUUCGUCGAGGCUCUGCCUCCGAGUCCGACUACACAGAUGUCGAGGCACAGGUGCCUAGCGUGGAGGCUUUCCUGGACAACUCCAAGACACUUGCUUAUACCGGUGGCGCAGGGGAAGAAACGGCCGACAGCAGUUCUUCGUCGAAGCGUUCCAAGGGCCGUGAAGCUUGGGUGACCUUUAAGACUGAGAUCCUGCGACUGGCGCAUACCCUGCAGCUGCGGGGCUGGCGCAAGGUGUCCAUGGAGAACGCCUGCGAUAUGGAAGUUAUCCGUCUCAGCGGUGCCAUGACCAACGCUAUAUAUGUGGUUGGGCCUCCCAAGAAUCUGCCCCCGCCCAAGACACAAAGCGGUUCUGCGUCAGUGGUCCCAAGAAAGCCACCGCCAAAGCUGCUACUCCGUAUCUAUGGUCCGCAGGUCGACCACCUGAUCGACCGUGAGAAAGAACUCCAAAUCCUGCGUCGCCUUGGCCGAAAGAACAUCGGUCCUCGUGUGUUGGGCACAUUCAAAAAUGGACGAUUCGAAGAGUAUUUCGAAGCGCGCCCCCUCACAGCCAAAGAGCUUCGCAUCCCCGAAACUGCCAAGCAAAUCGCCAAGCGAAUGCGCGAGCUUCACGAAGGUAUCGAACUCCUCGAAGAGGAGCGGGAAGGAGGACCUAUGGUUUUCAAGAAUUGGGACAAGUGGGUGGACCGCUGCGAGCAGGUUACCACCUGGCUGGACAAUCAACUAGAUUCCCCGCAAAACCUUGCGAAGGCCGCCACAGAACCAUGGCGCCGACGCGGCUAUGUCUGUGGUGUGCCGUGGGCGGUGUUCCGCAAGGCCGUGGAAAACUAUCGGGCUUGGCUGCUGGCAAGUUGCGGGGGAUUUAGUGAAAUCAAAAAGCAGCUGGUGUUUGCUCAUAACGACACGCAAUAUGGCAACCUACUUCGAAUGGAGCCUGCCACACAAUCCCCUCUUCUUCUUCCUGCAAAUGAGCAUAAGCAGCUCGUUGUCAUUGAUUUUGAAUAUUCGUCGGCCAAUACCCCUGGAUUUGAAUUCGCUAACCACUUUACUGAAUGGUGCUACAACUACCACGAUGAAGAACGCCCAUGGGCUUGCAACAGCCGCCUCUACCCUGUCCCAGAAGAACAGUAUCGAUUCGUGUCGACUUACCUCACUCACCGUCCCAAUGUUGGCAAUGCGUCACCGCAAGGAACCCCCGCCAUGCGUGGCCGUAAUGCGGCAGCCAUCACUCCCCUGAAUCUCGACGACGGCCCCGAGCCUAACUGCCAACAAUCGCAGGUCGAAAAGUCAAACGAGGAGGCGCUCGAUGCCGAGAUCAAGUAUCUCAUGCAUCAGACUCGGUUGUGGCGCGUGAUGAACUCGGCCCAGUGGACCGCAUGGGGCAUUGUACAGGCCAAGAUCCCCGGCAUGGAGGAAGGAAUUGCUGAGAUGGCUGCUGCCUCGCGUAAUGCCAGCCCCGAGAAGAAUGAUGAGCACGCCAGCGAACAGGGUGCAAAGACCCCCACCGUGGAUGCCGAUGUUGACGAGGAUGAAGAAUUCGACUACCUGGCCUAUUCCCAGGACCGAGCCCUGUUCUUCUGGUCUGAUCUGCUGGCGCUGAACCUGGUGAAUACGGAUGAUCUUCCCGCGCCCAUGGUCGAGCAUAUCCGAGCUCGGGCUGUUGAUUACUGA